AUGGACGGCUUCGUACGGUUGGCCCAGACGAUCUUAAUGAUAAAUAACGUACUGGACGCAAAUCAACAGAAGCAGCAACGUGUUUCACGUACCAUUGAGCGCAUUUUACACCUCAAGUUUGUCAAAAAUCGUGAAGUGAUGGAUGAAUCAUCAACAUCCACUUCCACACCGACCACGCCAUCUCCGCCGGACGUGGAAAAGUCAAAAAUCAAGCGAAGCGCCAGUGAUGUGAACAGUGAUUUUCAGAACGAUCUCGAGUUCGUUUUUUAUUUGCAAAUUAGCUAA